UUCAAUUCUUCUACCUUCCCCUCCAGCACGACCGACGUCCUCUUUUGAUAAACAUUAUUUUGUUUUAUCGUUUACACUUUCUGAAUCGUUGGUGGAGCGCCUAGAACCAAAAAUGGGCCGUCGUCCUGCAAGAUGUUAUCGUUACUGCAAAAACAAGCCGUACCCAAAGUCACGGUUUUGUCGUGGUGUGCCAGAUCCCAAAAUUAGGAUCUUCGACUUGGGAAAAAAGAAGGCUAGAGUAGAUGAUUUUCCGUUAUGUGUUCACCUUGUAUCAGAUGAAUAUGAACAAUUGUCGUCUGAAGCUUUGGAAGCUGGACGUAUUUGUGCCAAUAAAUACAUGGUGAAACAUUGUGGUAAAGAUCAGUUCCACAUCAGAAUGAGACUCCAUCCUUUCCAUGUCAUUCGUAUCAAUAAGAUGUUGUCAUGCGCUGGAGCUGAUAGGCUCCAAACCGGAAUGAGAGGAGCUUUUGGUAAGCCUCAAGGUACAGUUGCUCGUGUACAUAUUGGUCAACCAAUCAUGAGUGUUCGCUCAUCUGAUAGAUACAAGGCAGCUGUUAUUGAAGCUUUACGUCGUGCUAAAUUCAAGUUCCCUGGUCGCCAAAAGAUUUAUGUAAGCAAAAAAUGGGGAUUUACAAAAUAUGACCGUGAAGAAUAUGAAACAUUGAAGGAAGAUGGAAGACUAGCUCCCGAUGGUGCCAAUGUUAAAUUCCGCCCUGAUCAUGGACCAUUGGAUAACUGGAGAAAAGUUCAGAGAGAACUUCUUGCUGUUUAAAUAUGGUUUUGGUAUCUCUUGUAUUGAAAUUGAAUAAAAAAAACUUUGUGAAA